ACGCGGGUUUGUCUCGUAAGGCUGCAUUAGAUUCCGUUUUAUAUUACCUACCAGUCGCUCCACGAUACCGAUCGCCGUAACCUCGUAACUAUUUUAUACUUCAGAAGAUGGAGUCCUAGGACGUGUUUAUAGGAAGCCAUCAGUCAAGAGCUUAAGAAAAGCCAAAUACUCAUUUCUACUGUGUCAAGACGAGAUUGUUAGACCGCUAUUCCGAAAUAUUUAAAGAAGGCAUUAGGCACAUUCAAAGUCGAAGAUGGGCUACACACACCGGGACAAUGCGCAGUUUGAUCGAGCAAAGUGGAGGAAGAGGAUACUCCUACCAUGCUGGGCGAUUCAGAUCUUAAUUUUGCUAGGGAUGAUGGGUUUAUUCUCCUAUCGACUUUCUAGGACGUCCAAAACGUGGCGAGAUCAACAAGCUCAAGGCCAGGAUCCUACAGUAGAGUUCGUAUGGGAAACGGUCAACGUUUCGUUCUCGUUCAUUUCCCUCGUUAUAGUAUUCGUUUCGAUAGCAAAGUUCAUCGCAGAGGUGUUGACACCGUUACCGUUGUUGUUUGGAAACAUCAUAAACUUAGCCCUUACAUCUGCUGUUCUAGCACUUGAUAUUGUGGUUUAUGUUAAGUAUGCCGAUAGGCGAUACUCGUUAAUUGGGUUGGUGAUGGACUGCAUCCUCAUGUUCUUCACGAUCAUCCCUACGUUCUACUCGGUCACCAUCUAUCGUCGGCUAUUGAGUUAUGAUGACUACCAUAUCCCCGGCAAUAUCAAGCCGUAUGGCUAUGCUAGUACCGAGGAAUCUGAAGAAACAGCAUAUCGAUCGUCGUGGCUUGAACCUCCCGUGCCGUACGAUCCAACAAAUCCUUCCGUAACGGUAACUCGGCCACGAUCGCUAUCCGCCGCCAGUCACCGUAUCUCUUUAGCACUUAGUAGCCACCCCCCUUCACCACAACAGACUCCGCCUGUGAUAGGACCGAUGACGGAGCGCCGUGCGAGCUACGACCACAAGCGUGACACCCAAUUCGACGAAUAUGUACGACAACGGUCAAGCUCGUAUACUAAAGCUGAUGUAGAGCGGGCACUGGGAGUCGAGUUCGGCUGGGAGGACACUCGCAAUCAGCGCGAUAGUGUGAUCAGCGCAGGGACAGUAUCCGUAUUACAGCCGAGACCUAGGGGGGAUUCGCUAUCAAUAAGACAGACAAGCUUGCAGGCGAGCCUUAGUAGAAAUGUCAGCGGUAGCACAGCGGCCACUACGACCACUACAACCACUACAACCACUACUACAGCUAUUUCCGCAGCAUCAUUAGAUGCGCAAAGCGCCAUGGCAAGGGCGCAUAGUCUAAACAGCGUACCAGAAGCUCACGAGGAAGACGUAGAUGUCAGGACAGGAGGAAACAAGACCGGGGAGAGCCGAGAAGCGUUAUUAAAUGGCGAUAGGAUAUCACGAUCCAGCUCAGGGGCCAGCAGGCGAAGUGUAGGGAGAAUUGAGAAGGUUGAAGGGCUAGAAGUGGUGGAACUUGAAAGUGGAAAACGGAUGAGGCAGCUAUGAAUAUGAUACCCAAAGAAGCAAAAUGAAUGAACAAAUUGAUAAAAGCUCCGAUGCCUAUGACGUAUGAUACAGUUUAUUAUGCGAUAUGGGUGUUUUACUACCUCGUUAUAUACAUAAGCUAGGUAGGUUAGGUUAGGAGGUAGGUACAUGUAAGAGGUAGUUAUCGUUUCUUUCCUUUGGCCCUUACUUCUAGGUAAGCACCUCCUUUCGAAGGCAAGCACAUUGUCCUAUACUACCUGUAAC